AGUUAGACGAGGUAUAUCUUCGGUCGCGAAGAAUUCUUGAAUCCAGAAACCUGCGACUAAGGCUGUUAUCAAAAAUGCCAACUGUAGUGGCGAUCCUCUCAAUGACGCUACUAACGUUAUUAUCGUUAAUCCUGUCACAAAUACAUGGGAAGGAUGUUGGAGAAAGGUGUACGAUUAGCAAUUCAAGCAGGUUCUUGACGUCAGGUGUAUGCAAGCUCCUGGAAGACUGUCCGCCAGUUUGCGACGCAUUGUUAGCCGGAAACUUACCCAUUACAUGCGGAUUUAUAGAUUUUCAACCGAUAGUUUGUUGCCCGACAAACAAUGAAAACGGAAAGGAUAUCACCACGAAAAGGAUAAUGUCAAAACUAACCAUAAGCUCCACCGAAAGAAUAAGCACGCCGCGGACUUUGAUAUUUGACAACAGCAGAGGAUCAUUAGCGCGAGCAAAAUGUACGGAGAAUGUGGAAGCUGGAGCAUUUACAAUAGUCGAUUCUACGAACGGAUCAACAUACGCCGAUUUACUGAAUUUGCGCAGAUUGAUCGUCGGAGGUACAAAAGCUGAGCCAAAAGAAUUUCCGCACAUGGUAGCUAUCGGAUUUGAAAAUGAACAGAAUGAAAUACUGUGGCUAUGUGGUGGUAGCUUGAUUUCCGACAGAGUGGUACUGACAGCAGCCCAUUGUACUUAUAGCCAAGACUGGGGAGUCGCGAAGUGGGCACGAAUCGGUGACUUGAAUCUAGCGCGGAUGAAUGAUAAUGCAAGGCCGCAAACCAUCAGAAUUGUCGAAAGAAUAUCGCAUCCUGAUUAUAAAAUCCCGUCGGUAUACCACGACAUAGCCAUAAUAAAGUUGGAAACCCCGGUUACUUAUACCAUGUGGGCCAGGCCGGCAUGUCUUCCGGUUGACUUACCUGAUACUGGUUAUGGUGACACAGCAGUUGCUACUGGAUGGGGACGUCUUGAUUGGGCCGACGAACAAAACUCCGACAAUUUGCAGAAAGUGACGCUCAGUUUAGUUCCGCAGUACUCUUGCAAUGAGAGCUUUUUCGAUGGCAGUCCUCAGCUUGCACGAGGUAUUAUUGACGAAUGGCAAAUAUGUGCAGGAGAAGAAGGAAAAGAUACUUGUCAGGGUGACAGCGGAGGACCAUUGGUUGUUUUUAACACAGUUCAUAGCCAUAUGUAUAACAUCAUUGGUAUUACGAGUGUAGGACAUCUGUGCGGGAGCAUCAUACCUGGCAGAAGAUGGACGCGAUGAAAGAAGUCCUUGCUCUUAGAAUGAAUGAAGUUAUCGAUGAAUUGUGUGUUCCUUCCUACAUUGCGAAAUUGUGUGUUAGAAGGACUGUGCUACAUAGAACGAAAUAAAUGAAUAGUUGUUAAAUAGUAAUAGCUAAUUUC